AUAAAAUCCGGGCACUUGAACGUAAAUUUUCUAAUGUUGUACAUCGUUUGUUUUUCUCAAAAGCUAAUAUGUUUGAUUGUAAAUAAACAUUUCGUAACAUAAUGACAUUUAUGCUAUUUCCAUUUCGGUUGAACGCCUAUUUACAUGGUUUAUAACUUGCUACAUAGUCCGAAUUUUCCAUUCCACAAACAAUUUAGAAACGAGCACAACACAUUCGAUACUGACGAUAGUCUUUCAAAACUUGUUGACAAAUCACAAUUUAUUAGUACUUUGAAAUUGUGUUCCUCUGUUGUGUUGAGUAUCUAUAUAGUAUCAACAAACUAAGUGAGCGCACCUGUGAAGAGCAAAUUUCGAUAACGGGUAAGACCCUGGUUAUGGACCGUGAGUCAGACAGGGGCAGUUCAGGGACAGGCAGUGGACGAGGAACUCCACGCUCCAUCGACCAUGAGACCAUGCGCUGCGACACCCCUGGCACCAUGCCAACAUACAUGUAUUCUGCUGAUGAGCUGUAUGGAAUGCAGAAGUGUCCUGCAUCAUUGGCCAUACCUGAGUGUCUGGAAAAGGAGUUCAUAGUAGAAGGUAUCUGGGACCCUGAGCGCUGGGUGCGAGGUGGCAGUGCAGAGGGCAGCAGGGGUGGGUCUAGGGGACCGUCUCCCCUCACCAUGCCAGAAAACAGGCGGGAAACAUUCAGAAGAAAUUCAGGGAGUGAGCGUUCUGCUGACCCAAAGGAGCGCCUGAAGGAGGAGAAGGACAUCAUCGUACUCAGUCCCCAGCGCCGCAGCUUUGGCACAGGAUGUCACGUGUCCCACCAGCAGCCGUUACUGCAGAGGGCCCUCUCCAACAUAGAGGCAGAGCGAGACAGUAGAAGAGACCCGCGAAGGAUUGGAAGUGGACGCAUCCAAAUAGACAGAGAACGGACGCGAGACAGCCAGAUAGAUCGAGAAAGGACGCGAGACAGCCAGAUAGAUCGAGAAAGGACGCGAGACAGCCAAAUAGAUCGAGAAAGGACACGAGACACCCAGAUAGAUCGGGAAAGGACGCGAGAAAGCCAGAUAGAUCGAGAAAGGACGCGAGAAAGCCAGAUAGAUCGAGAAAGGACGCGAGGAAGUGAGAGAAGUGAGCCAGAGUAUAGCGCUAGGACGGAACGCUCUGACCGGCAUGUUGACAAGGACCCCAGAGACUUCCGUAGCCCCAGAGACCGCGAGGUUGAGCGGGACCGGGAUCGGGAUUUCCGCAAUCCACGCGACAGGUUUGAGCGGGAUGAUCGGAGAUUUGACCGAGACCGGCUUUUUUCUCGGCGGGAUAUGGAAGACAGAAGUGAAAGGAAUACACAUCGAGACAGAGACUUCAGAGAUCAUGGGAGCCGAUACAAUCACCGUCGAGACCGUCGCGACUCUAACAAGGAAGAGGAGCCAGAGUGGUUCAGUGGCGGACCAAUCAGCAAGACAGACACAAUUGAACUCCAUGGCUUUGAGCGGGAGAGGCGGGCAAGCGACCACCCAACCAAUGAGGACAAGGCGGAGACUCACACUGCAAUCAAGACUCAAGAGAAGGCCGAGGACAGAGAGGAGGGUGAAUGCUCAGAGUCUGAAGACCAAGACCACAACGAAGGGAUAAGUGUGUCUGACAGAAAUGGAAGCCUGGAGACCAAUGAAUCAAGCUCUCCUGAGACCAAUGGUCCUGAAUGCCAUCCCACCAAGACUGACACUCAACCUCCUCCCUUUGACUUCCUCUCCUUCUUCAGCAACCUUCCUGGGCUGUUCUCAGCUGAGCAGGAGGAUGUGACAGGAGAUGUAGGUUCCAGCCGCUUCUUCCAAAAGUACAGGGGUGAGGGAAGGGGCCAGCAGGGCAAGUCCAGCAGGGAGAACAGUCGGCGCAGCUCACUCAUAGAGGAAGAGUUCGGCUAUCUUAAUGAUCUUCUGAAUGGAUCUCGGAGCCCAGUGAUACCAUCACCACCUCCACCCUCUGCCAAUAUGCUGUUUGACAGGUCAUCAUUUCUGUCGCCAUUUGCAUCCAGUGACAAACAGCAUCACCUGGAGUUUGGGAAUGACACCUUUGUGACGGCAUUGAUCAACAACGCUGUUGCUCUUGACAGAAACAGAUCUAUUCCACCUGAUAUGAAGAGUAUGCCAUCAGAGCUAGAGCCCAGAUUGAAGGCCUUGCUCUACGGUCGACUGGAUUCCAACUCCAGUAGUGGAAACACUACACCAGGAUUCAACUCUCCACUGAAUGUGGGUAAAGUGAAAACGGUGGCUGAACUAGAGGGCGAGCUGCAGCGGUCCAGGGAGGCCAAGGGCGUCUACUACCCAGCCAGUGCACGUCCCCACGGCAACUCCGAGAGGAGUACGCCCCAGGGUGAGGGGGACCUGUCGGCCUUCAACAAGCUCAUCACACUGAUGCAGGCUGGAGAGGCGCGGCCGGUCGAGUCACCUAGCAACGACUCCUUUAAGUACAACCAGCUGGUGAACCUCAUGCAGGCUGGAACUGUCAGGACAGCUGAAUCACCAAAGUUGAAGACAGAUGGGCCCUCCGUCACUCAUAUUCCCAGCCAUUUCAAGUCCCAGCAGAUGAUGCAAGGAGGUACCCAGGGGAUGCAAGUAUCGGGCCAACCCCAACAAGCCCCGCCCCCCCAGGCACCUUUGUCUCACAUGCAGCAAGCCCAGUACCACAUACAUGGCAGAAUGAUACAGAAGAUUGAUUCACAUGGAACGCCUGGACAACAACAGAAUGUGCGUGGAAGCCUUGAUGAGAUACAGUUUGAUAUGAUGGAUGGUUACCAUGGAAACAUGACUCCACCUCCCAGUUUUCAGCACCCAAUCAACCUCAGUGAUGCAUCAGCAGCACAAAAGCAAUUUUUUGAGGCUCUUCAGCGGAACAAAGAGGAGCAGCUUCAGAAGAGGCAGGCUGUGAUCCAGACCAUGAGACUACAGCAGAACAUGGGGCCAGGAUCAGCACAAGUCCAACUCACACCGAGCGGCAGUCAGCAACAGUCCUCCCAGGCUAGACGUCCGUCAUCUGGUGACCCAAUCAUGAACUUCCUGAAGGCCAACCCAACCAUCAUAACAAAGCCUGCAUCUCCAACCCCACCUCCUCAGCAAGGGGGGGCUAUGGCAAUGAUGGGCGUGAUCCAUCCCCCUCCCCGGGGCCCUACCCCUUCCCCAGUACUCCAGUCUGCCCUGUUGCAGAGACAGGCACCUGGUACUCCAAGGGUUCCCUCACCUAUCAUGUUUAGCCAGCAGCCUCCCAUGCACCUGAACGCUCCAUCUCCAAUCCACCCUGCUCAAGGGGGAUCACUCCCGCAGUCACCAGUGGGACAGACACCCGGUUCUGUGAACUCCAUCCGACCUCCUGCUGUGCCGCGCGUGCCCAGCCCCCAGGAGCUGAUUGUUCACACCCAGGCCAUCCUGCAGAACGCUCUCAUCAAAAAGCAGCUAGAGGACCAGAAGGAGCGAUUCUACAAGAAACAGCAGGAGAGUUUGGAUGUUUUCAGAGUGAAGUCUCCCAACCUCUUGGUUGCACCUCCACCAGGCAGUGUUUUCUCCGUUGCCACACCCACAGUUACCCUGCCACCUGCAAUGAGCACAUCCACACCAGCUAAGGCUCCAGUGAAUGUGGCGUUCACACCGACGUCCGUGAUUCGUAAGAUGCACUCAGAGAAGGCCAAUGAGAAGGAGAAACUACGCAGAGACAGUAUUGACACUGAGCACCUUGAAGGGAAGGAGGAGUCUCAGGUAGCUGACAGGGAGCUCUCCCAGGAGCUGCAUGCUGGAAAGCCCCGCCCUGCCUCCCCCCGGGCCUCCAGUGCUGCGACCACUCCCGCCUCUUAUCAGGCACCACACACCAGCAUUCCUCCGCCGACCAUGCUCCACACCGUUCCACCUCCUCCUCUUCCCAACCAUAACCAGGUCCUACCUAAUUUGGUUUCCGUGUUGCCACCUGGUGCUUCUGCGGUGAUACCGGGCAUUUUACCGCCAUUUAACUCUAACCAUAUGACACACAUGCCCCCUCCACUCCCCCUGGUCUCCACCCACCUCCCCCCGCCACUUCUCAGCCCCGGUACAGCAGGCCUGCCCACGUUUCCACUGCCACACGGCGGCGGCCAUCAGUCCCUGACACUGUCCAGCACCCAGGAUCAGAUUGAUGCUGCCAAGUCCCAGCACCUUCGGGCCCUGCUCGGUCAGCACAGCCCAAAUCUGCAGAGUGUCGGGGUUGCCGUGGUAACAUCAGGGCUUCCAAGCAUGGGUAGACCAAUUGUUAAAGGCAAUGCGCCCUUGACACAGGCUGUUUCCAUGACGCCCUCAAUGCAGCUGACUGGAGCCCUGUCCCAGGCGGGAAUGAGCCCAGAGGAGAUAGCCAAGUUUCUUCAGAGACAGCAGAUCUCAUCCAGCCCCUAUUCUGUCCCUCCCAGACCUGGCUUACCAUCACCAGGGGCUUACGGAAUCCCUCUACAAGGUCGUCUUACCCUGCCCUCUGGCCCCAUCCUGGGUGCUGGCCAGGUGUCUGGAGCUGGAACCAGCCCGGUACUGCUGCAGCAGAUCAUGCAGGGAGUCACACCCCGAGGUAUGAACCAGUUUGCAGGUCUGCAGGGGACUCGAAUGGUGGACCCGCGGGCAUUGAGGGGCCAGUUACCCCAAGGUCUGGUGCCGGUCUCCCUUGGCAACCACCACUUCACCCCACGGCCACUUACACCACAGCAGCACCACCAGCAGAAAAAUGGUCCAGUGUCCCCCGGUCAGCUGGUAAGCUCCAUGGCUACACCGGCCAGCAAGCCAGAGAGCGCUAACCUCAUGAAGUGGUUUGGCUCUGAUGUUCUCAAGACGUCCCUGUCAACCAUGCCACCACUGCCUGUCCAGGGGCAGCGUGUUCUCACCUUGGAUGAAAUUGAGAGGUCUUAAACAAUAAUUGGUUGUCAGCAGAUAUAGUAGAGAGAUUUUGAACUUUGUGGUGGGAGGUCCUUAUUUAAGAUAAUAGCAUCUUAUUCCAUGAUAAUUUUGUCUAAUUCACUAUUGAAAUAAAUGUAUGCUAUUUAAGUUAAUGGGCAUUUGAUUUCUGAUUUUUCCUUUUCUCCUUUAGAUUUUAGAUAGUUCAAAGUUAGUGAGUAAAUAAUUGAGACCAGCUUACUUUCUCAUGUGCAAUAUGUAUUUUCUUAAGUAUAACUAAAUGUCGAAACAUGUUUUCUUAUGAAAUCAUUCAUGUCUGAUCAUGACAAUUAACAUAACUGUGGCCUGUAGUGUGUGAACAAUGUGACCAUCAAGUAACUGACAUGCAGUCUGCAGUGUUUAGUGCUUAAGCUGAAUUUGAAAUGUGCAUGUGUAUAGUAUUGUUGUACAGAGUUACUAUGUUGUAGUUUUUUGUUUGUUUCUCUUUUUGUCUUUUCACUGUAUAUUUGAUUUUAAUGUCAUUUUCUUUGUUGUAAAUUGUGUAUUCCUUUACUAACCAUCAAAUUAAAUUAAGAAGACAAAAUUAAAUUCAAACGACAGCUUUCUAUGUAGGUUUUGAGUAAAUAUUCAACUAUAUUUUUAAAAACAAGCACCGUUGUUUCAUCAUUUAAAGCUAGUUGUAUAAUCGCAGAUAUUUAAUAUCAUUUUAUGCAGAAUAGAAAAAGUUGAACCAUAACCAUUUUUGUUGUGGAUUACAUCUGAACAAAGACUUUUCAAAGCUCUGGAGUGUGAAUCAUUUUUCAAGUUAAAUCAAGCAUUUGGUUGAGUUAACCACAUGUACAGCUUUUUGUCAUAUGGAUGUCAUCAGUCAUAAAGACAUUUAGUUGUUGUUCUAGUCCAUUAUUUUUCAUGACUUGUUUCAUUUCAAAUAAAAACAUAGCACAUUCAUAACUUCAUUUCCCAGUUCUUGGAUACAUUCAUAUAGAAAAUAUAUUAUACUCAUUACACCUGUAAUAUUUUGUUUGUAUUGCUUUGAAAAUAGCAUCACAAGUUGUGCACUCUGUAAAUUUUAAAUGACAAUUAUUUGAUCACAUAAAUGCUAUGUUUUUCUAAUAAAAUCUUUGUUUAACGCUGAUGUUGAGUUUUUUACCAUAAUGAUAAAAAUGCUUGAAGUUGUUUUUUGUUCUUACUGAAUUAGUUUAGGUCCAUGUGUUUCCCAUUACCAUAUUGUUUUACAUGACACUGUGUGCACAUAUUUUCAAAACUUGUACAAUAUUUCAGAUAAAUAUAGUUUCAGUUACUGGAGUGUGUAUACUUCUACUGGAACUUAAUGAUGCUCAAAAUAAGGAUGUAUUAUUUCUGUUUCAAUUGCAUGAUAUAAAACUGUAUUUGGAGAGUAUUUUGUUGUUUUAUUUCAAGACACCAUUCUAUACAUUCUACUUGACAAACUUCAACGUUUAUAAUAUCUAUUUAUGUCCCCCACUAUAGUAGUGGGGGACAUAUUGUUUUUGCCCUGUCUGUCUGUUGGUCUGUUGGUCUGUCUGUCUGUUUGCGCCAACUUUAACAUUUUGCAAUAACUUUUGCUAUAUUGAAGAUAGCAACUUCAUAUUUGGCAUUCAUGUGUAUCUCAUGAAGCUGCACAUUUUGAGUGGUGAAAGGUCAAGGUCAUCCUUCAAGGUCAGAGGUCAAAUAUAUGUGGCCAAAAUCGCUCAUUUUAUGAAUACUUUUGCAAUAUUGAAGAUAGCAACUUGAUAUUUGGCAUGCAUGUGUAUCUCAUGGAGCUGCACAUUUUGAGUGGUGAAAGGUCAAGGUCAAGGUCAUCCUUCAAGGUCAGGGGUCAAUUAUAUGUGGCCAAAAUCGCUCAUUUUAUGAAUACUUUUGCAAUAUUGAAGAUAGCAACUUGAUAUUUGGCAUGCAUGUGCAUCUCAUGGAGCUGCUCAUUUUGAGUGGUGAAAGGUCAAGGUCAUCCUUCAAGGUGAGAGGUCAAAUAUAUGUGGCCCAAAUCGCUUAUUUUAUGAAUACUUUUGCAAUAUUGAAGAUAGCAACUUGAUAUUUGGCAUGCAUGUGUAUCUCAUGGAGCUUCACAUUUUGAGUGGUGAAAGGUCAAGGUCAUCCUUCACAAGGUCAAGGUCAUCCUACAAUGUCAAACAUCAUAUAGGGGGACAUUGUGUUUCACAAACACAUCUUGUUAAAUGUAUCCUUUCUCUAACUGCAAAUGAUGCUAAUAAUUGUAUAUAGCGCUGAUUAAUACAUGCUUUCUGUUACUUAUAAGAAUUUCGUCCUUUAAAAGUUUGUUGUUUACAUAUUUAUUUUCAGUUAGACUCAUUGUCACUGGAAUUCACAAAACAUUUAUUUUAAUUUUAAGAAGUCACUAGAUGAAAACAUGAAUUUGUUUACCGAAAUCACAUUUGAAUGUGUUUUAAUUGUUUUCUUCAGUGUCAUCUCAAUUUUGGCAGUGUUUAAGUAUUGUCCUGAGUAAAUUGAUUUGUUUUCUAAACCACAGACUAGCUGUCCAAUAUUGUGUAUAUAGCCGUGCUGUAUAUAUUCUUCUGUAAAUUAAUUUCAACAAGACAUGUUGGGCAAAUAUGUAAAUAUGAGGGUGAAUGUUGGGCAAAUAUGUAAAUAUGAGGGUGAAUGAUUAUUAUUAUGAGCCAUGUUCUGGAAACACUAGGCUAAAUGCAUGUGGUAAAAAUAUCAAAGAUUAACCUGUGCAGUCUGCAAUGGCUAUCUAUGGAAUACACUUGCCCGUAGACUGGAUGUCUUAGAUAAGCCUGUGCAGUCUGCACUGGCUAACUAUGGAAUACACUUGCCGGUAGACUGGAUGUCUUAAGUGCAGUCUGCAAUGGCUAACUAUGGAACACACUUGCCGGUAGUCUGGAUGUCUUAAGUGCAGUCUGCAAUGGCUAACUAUGUAAUACACUUGCCGGUAGACUGGAUGUCUUAAGUGCAGUCUGCAAUGGCUAACUAUGGAAUACACUUGCCGGUAGACUGGAUGUCUUAAGUGCAGUCUGCAAUGGCUAACUAUGGAAUACACUUGCCGGUAGACUGGAUGUCUUAAGUGCAGUCUGCAAUGGCUAACUAUGGAAUACACUUGCCGGUAGACUGGAUGUCUUAAAAAGAGAAAUCUUGAAUGUCUCUUAAAGCAGACAGUGUUGUCUGUGCAGUUAGCACUUAAAGCAGACAGUGUUGUCUGUGCAGUCAGCACAGGCUGAUCUGGGAAGACUCUGAAGCAUAUGCAUAAAGCCCAGUUGUCCCAUUGCUCAGUUUAUAUCGAAGUUUUCUGUUGUGAUUAUCUGUACAAAGAUGUUGUCUUCAUUAUAAUGUUACAAAUAAUGCUGUGUAAACUGCCACUUAUGAUGUUGUUUUGUGCGUGGGGGUAUUAAUACAAGGUCUUUUCUUUAUUAAAAAUCCUGCGACAAGAUUAAAAUAAAAACAAAUUUAACACUAAAGACUAAAAAUGUUUUCAAAGAUGUUAAAUAUCAUCAACAUUUGUGUGUUGACCUGCCACGAGGGGGGGGGGAUAGGAGCUGCAAAAAGGAGCAGAUCAUUAGUGGAACUUGUUGUUCUGGUCUAGGUUUCUCCCAAAUGUUUCCAUUGUAUUGACAUUGUUUUUACUAUAUUGAUAUGUAACACUGUUGUACAUUUUCUGAUUAUUGAUGAUAACAACUCUGCAGUGCUAUGUUAUUUAAUUAUUUGAUUCAUUAGUAUUUAAUCAUAUAUGUGUUGUAAAUAACUUAGUAUAUUUGUUUAAAUGGUGUUAAACACUUUUAUGUUACUUUUGUACAUACAAUUGCUAUUGCUGGGUACCGUUUUUGUAUGCUUGAGGUAUUUUGUGUGUGUGUGUUUUAACAAUGGUAUUACGGCAAGUGUUAGCUUAAGUCCUACAUAUUCAUGAGUCAAAGGAUUUCUGUUGACCAACGAAUAAAAUUUCUUAUGUUCAAGUAAUUUUUAUCAGUUUUACAAAUUUCAAGUACAUCCCUUUUCCUCCUGAGACACAGAAUACUUGCCAGAAAUAGUGUUAAAAAUCAUUAUUUUGACGAAAGUGAGAACAAAUAAAUGGAUAUGAAAGUAAAUUUUAUUUAUAUAUAAGAACUAAGAAGCAUAUCAGUGUUGAGAUAUUGCAGGUAACAAUGAAAUCAAUUCUGAAUUAGCUUUCUCUUUGUUAACAUAUAGUGCCGUAAUGUACAUGUGUUUGUGUUUUUAUGCCCCUGAAGGUGGGCAUAUAGUGAUCGCAUUUCCGUCCGUCGGUCUGUCCGUGCGUCUGUCUGUCUGUCACACUUGGUGUUUAGGUUUCGAAAAUGCUCAUAACUUCUAUGUCGCUUCAGGUGUAACCUUCAUAUAUGGUAUGCAUGUGUAUAUGGACAAGGCCUUUCCAUACGUACACACAUUUUGACCCCUUUGACCUUGAACUUAGGGUCAGAGUUUAGGUUUUUAGGAAAUCUGCGUUUUAGGUUUUGAAAAAGCGUUUUUCGGGGGCAUUGGUCACCUUACUGGUGACAGCUCUUGUUAUGUGUAUAUGUGUGUGCACAUGCGUUCAUAUAUGUGUGCCUGAAUGAAGGAAAGUGAAUAUACAAUUUAAGCGGCAUUAUACAAAAUGGGUUUGAUGCCCCGCAGGCUGGUCAGAAGCUACCCUGUCCGCUUUAAUAUCUCGCAAGGUUUGUGGUCUCAUACGCAGAUAUGGGAGCUCCUUACCAAACUGUUUGAAUGUGCAGGCUGGUAAUAAGCUACCCUGUUGGCUUUAAUAUCAUGCAAGGUUUGUGGUCUCAUAAGCAGAUAUGGUAGCUCCUACCAAACUGUGUGUGAAUGUGUAGGCUGGUCUGGAGCUACCCUGUCCGCUUUAAUAUCACGCAAGGUUUGUGGUCUCAUAAGCAGAUAUGGUAGCUCCUUACCAAACUGUUUGAAUGUGUAGGCUGGUCUGGAGCUACACUGUUGGCUUUAAUAUCACGCAAGGUUUGUGGUCUCAUAAGCAGAUAUGGUAGCUCCUUACCAAACUGUUUGAAUGUGCAGGCUGGUCAGAAGCUACCCUGUUGGCUUUAAUAUCACGCAAGGUUUGUGGUUCAUAAACAGAUAUGGUAGCUCCUUACCAAACUGUUUGAAUGUGUAGGCUGGUCUGGAGCUACCCUGUUGGCUUUAAUAUCACGCAAGGUUUGUGGUCUCAUAAGCAGAUAUGGUAGCUCCUACCAAACUGUUUGAAUGUGCAGGCUGGUCUGGAGCUACCCUGUUGGCUUUAAUAUCACGCAAGGUUUGUGGUCUCAUAAGCAGAUAUGGUAGCUCCUACCAAACUGUGUGAAUGUGUAGGCUGGUCUGGAGCGAUGCUGCACACAUAUAGCAUAAGACCUUUUUUCACAGGAUGUGGCAUGAGUUGAUCUAUUGUGUCAACUUUCAGAUUUAGCUUUGUACAGAGAUUGUUGGAAGCCUUAUCCAACCCCUUUUCAAAUCUAAGUUGUUUCUUAUAUUGACAUGUGUUAACUUUUGUUUUCUUUUUGAAUAUUCAGUGUUGUAAAUAUUAUACUGUAUCAUGUUGGUAAAUGUAAUGGUGUUAAUAUGUUUUUUCAAAUAGAUGUUGUAAGAUUUAAAUAAUUCAAUUUAGGCAUUUGGACAGUUUUCGAGGUAAUGUUGAAAAAAAAAUUGCCAGCAUCACCAUUGAUUUUGAAAUAAAUCUAUGAUGGAUAGAACGUUAUUACAUUCUACUGAUAAGGAUAUCUCUUACUAGUGUCAAAAUCUGGUAUUGCUGCUGGAUGUUGUUUAUUCAAUCAAUAAUUAUCAGAACUGACAGCCAUUGUCUGCGCUUGUAACUUGUCGGUUUGCGCUCACUGAUUACAGUGCAUACCAUUUAAUAUGCAAACAACGAACAAUUUUACUUAGUAUCGCAUUUAUAUAUAGAGCCCUUACAUGUUGACUGGCAUUGGUGUACUUUAGUAUUAUCUCUUUAUACUUAUUGCAUAGACCUAGCACAAUUUUGUGUUUGUGACUUAUUAUUGUUGAUGUGUGUUUUUCAAUAAAGCCUGUUUAUAUUUCUUCCAUUUCAAUUGAUAUUAGUUGAUCAAUUAACUUUUCUAAGAUGCUGUCUUUCUGCAUUGACAGUUGACAUGAUGUAGAGUCCUCAAUGGUUAACUCCAUCCGUACUCUUUACUAGAUCAUCCACAUUGUCAAAGAUGCUCGAUGAUGGUUUUAUCAUUUCUCUAGUUUGAUCUUAAUACUACAGACAUUGUAUCCGACAGUUGUGUCCUAGCAAGACAUCUUGAAAUGAAACAUACAUUUUUCCUAUUAAUAUGUAUUUUCUGUUGUUGACAUCACGCAGAUGCCACAGGUUAGAUCAAUUCUAUCACAUUUUUGUCUGCAAACAAAAUGAGUCCAGUUUUGAGAAAACUGGGCAUAAUGCAUGUGCGUUAAGUGUCGUCCCAGACGGACUGCACAGGCUAAUCUGGGAUGACACUUUAGGCACAUUCAUUAAGCCCAGUUUUCUCAGAACAAGACUCAAAUAAUGUAGGUUAACCAAACUAUUUUUAUGCCCCCGGAUCAAAAGAUCGGGGGUAUAUUGUUUUUGGCCUGUCUGUCAUUGUAUGUGUGUGUGUGUCCCAAAACUUUAACCAAAACUUUAACCUUCUUCCUAACUUUAGCAAUAUUGAACGUAGCAACUUGAUAUUUGGCAUGCCUGUGUAUCUCAUGGAGCUGCACAUUUUGAGUGGUGAAAGGUCAAGGUCAUCCUUCAAGGUCAAAGGUCAAAAAAAUCAUUCAAAGCGGCGCAUUAGGGGGCAUUGUGUUUCUGACAAACACAUGUCUUGUUCAACAUGUUAUAAAUAAUUGGUUCCACAAAACUGCAUUUGUCAAAGAAUGCAUAAAAAUUGACACAUUAAACAAAACUAUGGGUAUUAAUUGAAAUUUAACUGCAUUGGUAAUACUAUCCGAAUGGGUUUCAGAAUUUCUUUGUUUACUUAUUUAUUGGUAGUUGUUUGAGCUUUGUUGCUGCAGCUAUUGUAGCCUAUUUCUGUGUACUAUUUCAUGUUUAUUUGCUGUGCUGGUAUCUUCCCGUGAUUUACCCAUAAGUUGUUUAUUGGACUUCGGUUAGUGUAAGAGACCAGUUUUAUCCAUGAGCUAAAAAAGGUGCAUUGAAUGAUAGCUUUUCAACGCCAUCGUGCUUUACUUUUCAACUAUUCAAUACACGAAUCUGAUCAGUGUGGUUUGUGUUUAAAUUAUAGAAAAUAUCUUAACCUGCCCUAUUUUGUAGUAAUGAUUUGCAAAGCUUAGUAGAAAAACGCACUGUUAAUUCCACUACAACACGUGUAUUGGGUGCGUCUCUGGCACCUACCGGCAGCAUAUGGGGAAAUCAUAAAGAGUGAUACAUUUUUGUCAUUGAUUUAUAUUGUUCAUGUAAGUAUUUAUCAUCUUGUACUUGAUUGAUAUGGAGGUAUGCUAUAUAUCAAAGUGUUGAAUAUUGUCCCAACAUGGUGGUGUAAUAUCGUACAUAGGAAGUUGUUUUUCUUGUUUCUUUCUUGUUGAUUAUUUACAAACGUUGAAUGUCACGUAAGUGUUGCAGGAUGUUCCUACAGAGGUGGAAUGUUAGAAUACAAGCAUUGUUUCUUUAUUUAAGUAUCGAUAUCUUGUAACAAUUUUGUGUUUAAACAUGCCGAACAAUUAUUAUUUCACAGUAAAUUUGAACUUGAUUAAAAUGUGCAGUUCA